UAAAUUCACUCACCCUCAUUUGAGUUAAUGGAAAUCAACCCAAAAUUACGUUCAUAGUCAAUUAUAUUAGGAAACCUGUUACACAUGCCUAAUACCUAAUUGUCCCAAAACUUUUGGCAGCCUGGUGUAUGUUUUGCUGCUAACAAGCGCCAUCUAUUGGACGUCAGUGAAAAUUGUCUGACUUUCAAAUUGCUUGGAAAAUAGUGCCCUACAGAGGGUGUAACCUACAAAGUGCACCAGUAUAGUAAGUAGGGAUCCAUUUGGGAUUUAGCUGGUAGUUUGGGACUCGUCUCUAUGGAAACGGAUGAUACUAACUAAGGUUGUGUGUUGCGUCUAAUUUGUUCGAUAGUUUAGUUCUACUGAAGUGAAACAUUUGCGACCAAAGCAGAUAAUUAACGCGGCGUUAACUAACUAGAUAUCUAGUCGUUUACUGGGUUUUGUUAAGCACAAGUUAACUAAAUAUAACGUGUUAAGGCAUGGACAUGUCCGCACGUCCGAACACUGCUCUAAACCAUGUGAACCAGUUCUGGUCCAUGCUGGAUGAUAUGGUCCAGAGUAAUCCUGAUGAGUACAAGACUUUUAUCGAGCGCCAGAUGCGAAACAGUGCCGAAUAUUUUUCACCCCCCGAGCCGAACAGCUGCCUCCGCACAUCUGUACAGCCGCAUGAUGGGACACUGUAUGUGAACGUGUGUGGAUGGAAGCGCGUGCCUGAACCGGCCUCUCCAACUGACCCUGUUCCUGUGUGUGGUGGAAAACUGGAGACCAUUUCUGAACGCGAAGAGAACUACCGGAUAGUGGAGGUGGCCUUCAACCCAGAGGUUCUGAACAGAGCAGAGAAAAACCCAGACGAAAAGGAGCAGAUACGCCUCCUGGCUCUAAACUUUAUCCAGAAACAUUAUAAACUGAGCCUGUCCCAACACUUCACUAUCAUGCAGGCCAAACUAAAGGGCACUGUACAGGAUAUGAAACACCGGCUAAUGUCAUUACGUCAGACCAGGACACUAAAUCAGAAUAAUCCUGAAACUAAACCAGCCGAGUCAUUGCUUCAACAAAUCUGCUCACUACGAAUGGGAGAAAUAAAAGAAGAGUCCAGCAUUCAGCUCAAUCUGGGGCAGGAGGACAAAGACAAGGUCCGGGGAGGUUUGAUCGAGGUGAUCUCCAGCACUGAAUUUGUGCAGCCUCAGCAGCCAAAACAUCAAAUGAUGGUGUGUUCAGUGAGCAGGAAGAUAAAGCUGCGUGUAGAACUACCCGGAAUAAGCUCUGUCUCCCAGUGCCAGCUCAGCAUCAGCCAGGAUGACAUACUGCUAGAAGUGGAGAAGAUGUAUUUCCUUCAUCUUCGGUUCCCUGAACGAGUGAAAGAGGAAACGUGCCAUGCAACAUUCAACAAGAAGAAACACAUACUGACUGUUAUGGCAGCGGUGCUGUGAAUUUAA